UCGGCGAGCCACGAGGUGGGAACCACGAGGCUGAGAAUCCAUUGGCGUCACAUUUAUGGGAGCCUAUCUGUGGGAAUCCUAUCGCGUGUCCGUGUCUCCCGGUUUUUUGUUGUUAAGUAACACGGAAGCAGUCCGUAGUACAUACAGGCCAGUGAGAGGGAGAAGCUUUAGGUGCGUGUUGAGAAAGCGCCCCAUGAGUGUGAACAGAGCACCGCGUGAGCUAACAGCCCCGUGCACGCGCGAGUGUAACGUUGACACACCUCUACUGGACCGCUGAUGCGGACUUAAUGUGUAAACUCUCUACACAAUUCGAAUACGAUCGUUUUUUUGCAGCUAAUGUAUAGAAUAGAAAUCGUAGCCAGUUAUUUAUCAGCAAAGUCAGCGUUUGAGUUUUAAUAUUAGAAUAUUCGAUAGUUUAUGUUUGAUAAACACCUUCGUAAAAUCAAUAAGAGGCGCAUUAAGGUUUAGGAAUUUGAGUGAAUUAACUGGAGGAGUUCUUUGGAAUAACAAGUAACGCUACAUCGACCUUCUUCUGGAUUACAUCUGCACUCUACAACAGUACGUGGUGGACAGCAGCAGAGCCCCGCACGGCUGUCACGAAAACCAGGAUUCGGAGCAAACCCAUGCAGAACAGGGGCAGAACAUGAAAACUCCACGGAGAAAAGCGUCACCAUGGGAACCUUUAGAUUGGUUUAACCUCUUAAGUCUUGUUCCAGUCAAUAUGCAGCGAUUAUAGACUUCCUGUUCGUUUUCCAAAUGUACCUCUGCAGUGUCUCUGUUGCCUGUAAAAUAGUCAGCUUUGAGCAUUCAUAAAAGUUUUGGAAAUACAUGUUCACAUUUUUUUCAGCAAGUAUCAAAGUAUUAAACUAUGUGCAUCUUUCGUGUAAAGUUAAAGGCAAAUGUGCAGCCCUGCAAAUUCUUGCUCACACCACUGUUGGCAGAAGGGACUCCACUAGAGGGAGUUAUAGAGAACCCUUGGAAGUAAUUUGGCCUACUCUUCCAUGUUAGCAAGACAUAUUGGGGAAAGGUGGGAGUCCUCACGCUUUGCCCCACCAUGGAUGGAUGCGAGGGGAUUUAAGAUACUUGCACCAUGGUUUCAACUGCUGUGCCAGGAGAUCAAACUGGCGACCUUUGGAUUAAACUCCGAUGUGCUUGGGACAUCCGGCUGCAGGGCUACCUGGUACCAAGAGAAAGCAGCACCGCAACCAUGGAGGGGAACGCAGCUCGCAACAGCACAUCAGUGGGCCCUGGCCUGCUGGAGUCUGGUUACGGCUCUGGUGAAAAUGCCCCUCGCGAAUAUUCGGCAGAUUACAUGAAAAACCUGAAGCGGUAUUCGUCGGUGAAGACCGUGGCACAGAGCUUCCUGGACGUGGCCCUGCUCAUGGCAAACGCUUCACAGCUGAAGUCGGUGAUGGAUUCUGGAACAGAAUUCAAGUACUUCAAGCUUCUCCUGGGCAUGCUGGCUCUAUCCAUCUCCCUGCAGAUUCUCGUCGGGUUAUUCCUCAUCUGUAUUGUGAUCUCUGACCUGAAAAAUGAGAAGCAAAGGCAAAAUGGGAGCCGCUCGGACAUUCUGAACACCAUGGCAACGUCAAUAACUUUCCUCAUCGUGGUGGUCAACAUCUUCAUAACAGCAUUUGGCACUCAUAACUGAUGCUGAACACCCUUGGCUGUAGCCAUCUCAUUAGAAUAAAGCAACCAUAUUUGCUUGUGAAAGCAAUCUUUUAUAGAAAAUUUUAGGCUCCCACUAAUCCUUUCUUUGAAAAAAAUAGUAAUUUCAUCCACUCUGUGGUAGCGCAAGUCUGUAGUUGGAAGAGCUGGUGGAUAUUCUCAAUACUUUUUGAGAACCAUCUUCGUCACUAAUGUUCACUGCUGCAAAGAUGUUGCAGCAGUGAGUCUUUCACAACGCUCUUUACUUUUUUUGUAAAAAAAAAAUGUUGCCUUUCGCUGUCUGAAAAGAGGAAAUAUGAUGCACAUGCAUAAAAAUACUUAAGCAUUUUCAAAUGUAACUGUUUUUACUGAAUAAAUGUUUGUAAAAGUUAUGUUAUGUUACAAUAAAUAUUUGCUC